AUGUUAUUUACAGCAGUUAUCUCUUUCUUUUCUUAUUUAUUUCCUACUGCUUUAUCUUCUGGAUUUAUUUCAAAUCUUCGCUUAAAAUAUGGCGAAUCGAUUCUGGUAAGUAUACGAUGUUGUGAAAGAUUAACCGAGAAAUUACAAAAAGCGAAAUGUGAUGUCGAAUUUCUUAGGUGUUGUUUAAUUUAUAAUUUAAUGCCUAAUUUUAUUAAUAUUCGUUUAUGGAAGCCAGGUGUAAGAAGAUCAGAACAAUAUAAGUCUUUUCAACGCAAUUGUCUUAUACGUGAAUUUGAAUGUAGACAGAAACAAGCGAGAAAAUUAGAAAAACAAGUUUCAGCUAUUUUAAUAGAAUUAGAAAAACAUCUUUCUUCAAUAGAUUACCUGAAUGUAAAGAAAUUUUUUUAUGAUUCAGCAAGUCGAAUACAUACAAAAGUAAUGAAAACUCAUCAAAAGAAACUCGAAGAAUUAAAUCGAGGUCCUAUUGGACAAAAUUACGAAGAAAUGAAAUUAAAAUUAAUUCAUAAUAUAUCAUCAUAUACUCUUUCAAAGGUAGAAGAAAGAUUAUUAUGUCGUGGCUGGGAUUUUUGCAUAGAGAAUAAAAUAUCUAAUUUUUUAGACUUCGAAACAGAUUUAGAAUUAAAUGCAAUGAAACUACAAUCUCAUUGCCAUCAAACAGUUUUUAGUUCAAUUUGUCGUAAAAUACAUAAUGCUUCACAACAAUUGAUGCACACAUCUAAACAUAAGAAAAUAAGUAAUCUAUCAGAUGAAGAAUUAGCAGCUUUAAAAUCACUAAAAUCUAAUAACAACAUAGUCAUAUGUAAAGCUGAUAAAGGUAAUUGCAUUGUGGUACUAGAUAAAGUAGCAUAUAUGGAAAAAGCUGAAGAUGUAUUAAAAGGAAAACAAUUUGAACCAUUAAAAAAUGAUAAAUUUCAUCGGGAACGAGAAGAAAAAUUGAAUAAAUAUAUUUUCUCAUUAUUUAAACAAGGAGUAAUAGAUAAUAAACUUCGUUAUCAACUACAAUCGACAUGUUCUUCGCUCUCAGUCUUUUAUGGUCUUCCUAAAGCACAUAAAACGGGAUACCCUAUACGUCCUAUAAUAUCAAACAUAGGAAGUUACCAGUAUAAACUAUCAAAAUAUUUAGCUAAAGCAAUUAGAGAUGCACGCCCACAAGCAGAAUCUUAUAUAAAAGAUUCUUUCGAAUUUGUGAAAAGAAUAAAAGAAAUUAUAUUAGAUAAACAACAAAAAACUUAUAUUAUGUGUAGUUUGGACGUAGAAAGUCUAUACACUAAUGUACCGGUUGAAGAAGCAAUUGAAAUAACAUUAAAUUAUAUCUAUAAGCCUAAAAAAUUAAUAGAUGCUCCUUUCGAUAAAGAACAAAUGAGAAUACUUCUUAAUCUAUCAAUAAGAGACGCACCGUUCAGAUUUCAAAAUAAAAUUUAUAAACAAAUAGAUGGAGUCGCUAUGGGUAACCCAUUAGCACCAAUAAUCGCGGAUUUAUGGAUGCAAAAAAUCGAAGAAAAAUUGAAUAGAUACACUACCAGCAAACCGAUGAUUUGGUUAAGAUACGUUGAUGAUAUCUUUUGUGUAUUCACCAUCUCUAAAGAAAAAAUUUUCGAAUUCCACACACGUAUAAAUAAAUGGCAUAAGAACUUACAUUUCACCCUUACGUUGGAAUCUGAUAAUUCUAUCGCAUUUCUUGAUGUUCUAGUUACUCAAAAACAAGAUAAACUAACUACAUCACUGUAUCGUAAACCAACACAUACAGGAUUGUAUAUGUUAUGGGAUAGUAAUCAAAAUCGUCGUUAUAAAUUAGGUCUUACUAAAACACUAGUAAUACGUAUCUACCGAAUUUGUUCAAGUAAAGAAAUUAUAACUCAAGAAUUACAUCUAUUAAGAGCAACACUAACGAACAAUGGAUACCCACCACAUAUAAUAAAAAGAGGUAUAUCUGAAGGAGAGAUACUUAUAAAAACGAUGUCUCAUACGAAGAAAGAUGCAAAUAACAAUAAAAAAGUCAUUUUCUUCACUAUAAAAUAUUAUGGACAAGAAUCCAUUACAUUUGCUUCUCGUGUGAAGAAAUUCUGUCGGAAAUUACUUCCGAACUUAACAAUUCAGUUCGCCUUUAAAAAGCACAUGAGCUUAAAAAGUAUCUUCUUACCAAAACUAAAAGGGAUUGAUGAAGAAAAAAAGAAAAAGAACUUAGUAUAUUCAAUUCCAUGUAUGAAUUGUGAUAAAGUAUAUAUUGGAGAAACAAGUCGAAUGAAAGAAACACGAAUGAAAGAACAUAAAGCUAAUAUACAAAAACUAUCAUCAGACUCUAAACUCGUUGAGCAUAUUUUAAAAUAUAAACAUGAGAUUGAUUUUUCCAACACUCAAAUAUUAGCAUUCGAAAGCGACUGGAAAAAACGUGUAAUUAAAGAGAGCAUCUUAACGAGUAGAACAUUUGGGAAGGCUAUGAAUGAAACAAAACAUAAUAUACAAAUAAUCAGUUAA